AUGUCGACUGUUGGAACAUUGAAAGGCGACAUGCCGCAACAAGUACGGUCGCUCUACCGUCAGCUCCUGCGCCAGGGAAGCCAGUUCACGGCCUACAACUACCGCGAGUAUGCGAAGCGACGGACGAGAGAUGCUUUUCGGGAGAACAUGUCGGUAGAGGAGCCGCGGAAAAUCCAGGAGCUUGUGCAAAAGGGCCUCAACGACCUGCAGCUUAUGAAGCGACAAACCAUUAUCGGACAGUUCUUCCAACUGGAUCGUCUGGUCGUCGAGACUGGCUUGCCGCAUUUUCCAGACACAACUGAGGUCGAGUCGCAGAGACGGAGCUACUAA